UUAUCUGUCAACUUGUUGUGUUAACUGUCAUUUAUUGAACAUAAAAAAAUAAAGGUUAUAUUUUACAAAGAAUGAGUUUUUUAAGAGAAGUGAUAUCUGCUGCGAAUAAAAUGGACGUAGAUGCGAUAAUUAAAAAGACCCCCGAUUUAGAACAUAGUGUGGAAAAAAUUAAAAAAGAAUUUUUAGGUUAUUUGGACGAUGUUUUCGUGCAAUACACGUUUCCUGCGCGGCAAGGACUAAACUUUAAGAAGAAAAUUACUUCAGCAGCGGCUACUUUAUCUGAAUUGGAGAAGUCUAUAACUGAUGUAACAAAACAACAGAUACAAACGGUUGAAAUUGAUGUGGUGAAUUACAAGAAAACGUUGGUUGAAACUAAAGAAGAAAUUGAUAUAUUGAACCAUUUAAUUAGCAUCCAUGAGUUUCUUUUAGAGGUGGAUACUUUAUUUGAGAAUCAAAAGUAUUUGGAUGUUAUUAAAUUGAUGAAGGAGAUUGAGAAAGAGAUGGAUGUUCUAAGAUCGAUUGAAAAUUUAAACAUUGUGGAUAACAUUCAAAGCGAUAUCAGUUCAAAAUUAAAACUAUUGUUUACAAAAAUGAAUGAGGAUAUUUGUGAAACAAUUGAGUAUAAAAGUGAGGAGAAAAUUGUUUCAUUUACAAUUAUUAAUGAUAAUUUAUUAAAAGAAUUAUUGUUAGCAUAUGCUGAAAAUGAUGAUCACAUUCAAAUAUUAAAUGAUAUCGCCAGAUUUUUAUGGGAAUCAAUCCUUUGUUUGCUAAUUAAUUGUUCUGUUAAUAUCAAAACAUCAACUGUUACUAUAAAAUCAUUACAAUUAGAAGUUUUAACAGAAACUAAAAGCACCUUUAAAGUUGUAUUUGAAAAUUUAAAAAUUGUAAUUGAUUUUUUAGAUAAACAUUUUAAUUUUCCCCUAAAAAUUGGUUCAACAUUACAAUAUAUAGGAAAUGACAUUAAAGAUAAUUUAUCAGAAUUAAUUAUAAAAAAUUGUUUAAAUGACACAAUUCCAAACACAUCCGAUGAAUUACAAAAUUAUCACUUAAUAAUAAAAGAAGUUGAAGAACUUGAAAAGAUUUUAAUAGAAAGUGGAUUAUUUUCCAAUGACAUGCACUAUUUAUCGAGUCAUGUUAAAAAUGUUGAUAACCUUUAUGUUCAAAAGAAAUGUGAAUCUUAUUUGAGGAUAGCAAAAGAACUAAUGAAGAAAGAUCUUCAUAAUAUGAUUGAAGUUGGUGAACCUGUUGAUUUAAAUAAUCCAUUUAAAAUUGACCUUGAUGUGUUUUAUCAAAGAUCGGUUUCUAAGUGUUGUAUAGAUUUAUUAAAUUUUACUGAAAAUAUAUUCAAACAAAUCGUGAAUAGUGAUUAUAACACAGCAAAACCAUUAUAUGAAACUUUAACAAAUAUUUUUGGCAUCUACGGUGAUACAGUUUCAAAACAUCACAAAAAACUCUUAGAAACAAUCCCCCAACAAGUUGCCUUAUUUCUAAAUAAUUGCAAUUAUAUUUCUUAUAAAAUAAUAAAAUUCGAAGAAAUUUAUGGAAAUAAGAUGAAAUCAAUUUUAAAUAUUGACCAAGAUUUAUUUUCAUUUGAAAUAUACAGUUUGAGAUCAAAAGGACAUCAAAUGUUUAAUGAAUUUAUCAAUCAACAAAUUAAUCAAAUGGAGCAAAUUAUGAAUGAGUCUGGAUUAGUUAAUGUUAUUUGUUUAGAAAAAUUAGAACCAAUUACUGAGAAAUCAAUACGACAAUGUUUAAGGCAACAAGAAUUAUUAAGAACCGUAUGGAAUAAAGUUUUAUCUCAUACAGAUUAUAACAAAAAUCUUGGAAUAACCCUCAACUUUUUAUGCAAAACUAUAAUUGAUGCAGUUUUAAAAUACACAGAUAUUAACUCAGAUGCAGGAGAUCAAUUAGUUGAUGUCUUAAAAGUUAUUUUUACAAGAGGACCUAAAUUAUUUGCUGAUCAAAAAGACGUUUAUGUACACGUUGAUCUAUGGCGUAAAUUAAAUGAAUUGUCGUUUUUAUUAAGUGCAAAUUUAUUAGAAAUAUCGGAUCGUUGGGCGGAUGGAAAAGGACCUUUAGCCUUGCAUUUUAAAGGAGAGGAGUUGAAGAAUUUAAUUCGAGCUUUGUUUCAAAAUUCGGAUAGAAGAGCUGCUGUACUAUCUAAAAUACAAUAAAUGUUUCUUAUUUA